GGCAACGAGUGCGACAGAGAGGUUCCGAUGCGCCAGAAUCCCAGAAUCUUCUCCAUCGCACCUACUGCGCAGGUCAAAAAACGGGAUGAACGGGAGGUGAGCUGGUCGUGUGGCAUCUUGAAACGACGCGAGCCCAUGAGAUUGCAUUUUUGGCCCAUUCGUGACGACUUUGGGACGUUAAGUCGAUAAUUCGUAGCAGGUGUCGGGAGCCAUGGGCACCGAAUUGUUUCUUGGACUUCGGCUAACCUUACAAAACUUCACGACGAUCAAACUAAAAGAUGUGAGCUUGAAGUCGAAAGUGGAGCAACUGAGAGUCCAAACUGCCGAAAAGAUUAAACUCCAAAAGGACACUUUUGAACUCAUUUAUUGCGGAUGCAUUUUGGAAGACGACGUGACGCUAGAAGCAUGCGGUUUAAAGAAUGGGUCUAUGGUCCACGUUCUGAAGAAAAAGGUCCCUGAAGUACCUGUGCCUGCUAAAACCGCAUCCUUGCGCAGCAUUUUACAACUGUCAUCCGUUUUUCGAUCAUUCAAUGAGAAUCCUGAACUGCGCAGUGCAUUACACCGAUUAAUAAAAAGGCCCGAAGUUGUAGAAAACAUAAUUUCGUCUUCACCAGGGUUGAAUGAAGAUCCUAUUGCCAUAGCCAUGCUACAAGAUCCAGAAUUAAUGGCACAUUUUAUUGUUACAUCAACCAUUAUCAAAAUUGGUGAGCUACAUCCUGCCCUCAUUGAAGCGGCACAACAUAUAGCAGCUGCAGUUCACGAAGAGGCUCAUAAUAAUGCCGUUAAUGGCAGCAAUGCAUCAACAUCGAAUGCUCAAUCAACUACUGCUUAUUCGUAUAGUAUCGAUAACUUGAGCGAUGACGAAGAAAUGGCUGGAGACUCCUCUCAAUCGUCGGAUUCGACACAGCCUUCUAAUUUAUCAACAAAUCAAUCAAAUUCUGCAAUUACAACGGCGCAAUUAGCCACUGCUUUAUCUAGAGCAGGAGCAAGAGGUUUUCCCUUGUCUACUUCCUCAUCAUCUACAUCUGGAGCUAGUUCAAACUCUGCCGUUAUUACAACAGAAAUGUUUACUCAAGCAAUGCAACAAGCUUUUGCAUCGACUCCAGUGCCCGUUGUACCGCCUCCUGUAGCACCUAUUUUGCCACCCGUUCUCCCUCAGUUUGCCGACCUGCAGAGACAGCUCGCACAGAUGCAUGAAAUAGGACUUCAAGACGAUGCCGUUAACGUGCAAGCAUUACAGUUUACUAAUGGAGAUGUACAGGCUGCGAUAGAUCUGGUUUUUAGUGGUUUCAGUGAUAAUUAAUUUGAAUUUAUAAACGACUCUAUAUUAAGAAUACCUUAUCAGUCAAGGAAAAUUGGCUUUGCAAGAAUUCUUUGAAUUGCAAAAUUUUGACAAGGAAAAAGGAUAUUUAUUUUUUAAAGAUGUGAGUACAUUCUAUAAAUUCUUUAUAAUUCGUAUAUUCAACACGAUUCAUCAUCAAUAUAGAGCAAUCGUAAGAAUAAUUUGUGGAGAUAUAUGCAUCAAAAAGCAAUUGCAUACAAAUUUUUGCUUAUGAAGAUGCAUUAUAAGGUUCAGAAAAAGAUGCAUAAAACCGAAAUAUUCAGAAUUCCUUGAAAUCAUUACCCCACGGUUGAGAAUCUCUGUACCGAAAAUAAAUGCAAGGCUCGGGGACUUAAUCCAUUCAAGCAGCACCAAUUUAAUUUAAUCGAUUUGCAUGUAGCGUGCUCGUAUAGGGGUUUUUAUUGUCCACGCGUUUUGACACCUCGAUGAUGUGCACGCCGCGCACACUACACCAAGAAGACGCAUCAAUUCAAUAAAGUGAACAAAGGCUCUACAUCGUGA